AUGCAAACAGACGUGAAAGUAACGCGUGAUGGUCAGCAUGGGCGAAAUGCCUCUGGCGGCAGCUACUGGCAGUGGCUAGACAAAGCCUAUCUAGCGCUGCAAGCUGCAUCACAGGUGCCCCGCGCACGACUUCUGUGGCACCGUGUCAUCUUCUCCGGCCAGCUGCAAGCAGGGGGCCGGAGUGGAUUCAGCGCCGGCUACACGCACUACCUGUGCUUCACAACCGGCGACACCGACGAAGCACUGGAUCGCGGUGCUUUUCCUGAUGUGAUUCGGAAGGGCCUCUCCACUUGGACCUCGGGCUCGGGAGCUCAUGCGGUGCAGUUGGCCUGUAGCUACCUGAAGGCGCAGGGCAUCCAGACGGUGGUGGAUCCUUUCUGU